UAUCCCUGGCACGGGUGAACCCGGGUUAUUCGGUGAGUGGUGACGGAUUUAUUCUCAACUCUUGCCGGGAGAGGGGAACGAAGAAGAAGAAGAAGAAGAAGAAGAGGAAGAGGAAGAGAGAGAGAGAGAGAGAAGGAGGUGUGUGUGAGGAGAGAGAGGCGCGUAGGAGCUGCGAAACAUGGUAAUCACCGACAUCACCAUCACCAUCACCUCCAGCUCUGCCGCGCGCUCUCCCGUCUCCUCUCCUCCUGCGCACCGGGGCGCGCGUCUCAUGCCCGCAGCUCCCAGAAUAACCCGCCAGCAUGCCGAAGGAAGCAAAACAAGAGCAGCGGUAUUUUUAGGGUCAUCAAUUUCCACCACGUGGUCCGGAGGUAAACCGGAUGGCCGUUGCGCAAAGGUUCCGCGUCAGUAUGUCCUGCGAGGCCGGCACGCCGCACCGGACGCCGGCCGCGGCGCUUCUCCUCCUGGGCUUCCUGCUGGGGCUCGUGUCAGCGUUACCGCUCCCGGGCAGGACGAACGCCACCUCGCUGGAGACGCGCUGGGAGACCCUGUUCUCCCGCUCGGUGCUGGGAAUCUCCGGGGAGAAGCCCGAGCAGAACUGGGAGACCGACUACCUGCUGGGCAUCAAGCGAGUGCGGAGGCUCUACUGCAACGUGGGCAUCGGGUUCCACCUGCAGGUGCUCCCCAGCGGCAGGAUUAACGGUGCACACAAUGAAAACCAGUACACUCUGAUAGAGAUCUCCACGGUGGAGCGCGGGGUGGUGAGCCUCUGCGGGGUGAGGAGCGAGCUGUUUGUCGCAAUGAACAGCCGGGGGAGGUUAUACGGAACGACAGUCUUCCACGACGAGUGCAAGUUCAAGGAGAGCCUGCUCGCCAACAACUACAACGCCUACGAGUCUCUGGUCUACAGAGGCUCCUUCAUAGCACUGAGCAAGCACGGCCGCGUGAAGAGGGGCAACAAGGCCACCACGGCCAUGACUGUGACGCACUUCCUGCCCCGAAUAUGACGAGCAAAAAAAACAAACUGGCAAUAACAGACUGAUUUGCACAUGUGGAUUAUUUCCCAGGUAACACGAAUGCCGCACACGUACAAAGACAAAGCGGACUGUACAAGAAAGAAAUACAACUAUAUCUGAGAGUAUUUAUUCAAACUUUAUAUGUAUAUUUGGGUAGCUGAAUUUGUAUUAGGAAAACUAUGGAAAUGCCAUUCUUUGCUGCUUUUAUGAUUUGGAUCAUUUUUGUGAAGUGACGGAGACGGAGAGGCAUCAUCGGUCCCCUCGGUCUCCUUCGGGUGCUGGAGUGCUGAGCGGCAGUGGAUGACAGUUUGUGGAAAUGAAGCGGAUACGUUAUUACCUCAAAGUACCAUAUCCCCAGAGCGAGAAGAAGGUGAAGAAGAGGAAGAAGAAGGAGAAGAAGAAGAAGAAAGACGUGUGCAUGAACUUUCUACAGAUUUUUUGUGUUUUUUUUCGAUAAAGAAAUAUUUUCAUCCGUCAGGAACUUGGAAGCUUUCGCUGUCAGGGGAAACUCGUGCACUUGCAAAAGUACGGGCGGUAGUUUUCUUUGCUUUGUCAUGAGGUGGCGGUGCCUUGGAUUCCUUCUUGCGGGCCCCUCGCCCCUUGCAUGUGAGAAACGUGGUGCUCGGGUCAGAAAUAGGAGCGAAACGCAAGUCACCGCUCUCAGAGACGCCACCGGCCCAAUUCCUAGAGGGCCGGAGGUUUCUCCGCUUUAUUUUCUUUCCAUAAUUAGAUCAAUUAAGUAAUGGAGACUCUAUGCUGCACAGGACCCAGUGGAGCCUCUUGUUAAUAUGCUGGAUUUAGAGUCAGCACUCAUAUACCCCCCCCCCAACAUCAUGUUCAAGGGAACUUCGACAAUCCCAGGUUUUACUCUCACAUAUGUGUGUGUGUACUGUAUGUGUGGGCUGGAUUUGUUUUUAAGUAUGUUUGUGGACUUGCUCAGUUUUAGAGCUGUUUAGUUUGAGCGGGUGGGGGGGGGUCGUCUGUAAUCGGAUCUCAAACCACAGGGGUUGUGUGUAAUCGGGUCGUCUGUAAUCGGACGACCCCCCCCUCUGCAGCCGAAUACAGAGACCGGACACUGAAGGUGUGUGUGCUUUAUGUGUGUGUGUGUUUGUGUGUGUGUGUGUGGGUGUGUGUGUGUGUGUGUGUGUGUGUGUGUGUGUGUGUGUGUGUGUGUGUGUGUGUGUGUGUGUGUGUGUGUUGUUCUCCCU